GAAAAACAAAAAUAAUUGUUGUGUUUGGAACUUUGGAAGAGAGGGUUUUCAUGUAACGUUUACCUAUUUUAUAUUACAACUGAUUAUUCUCCUUCAAGUGAUGGAAUUUUACUAUUCAAAAACUAAUACUUAUUGUUGAUUGGAAUUUACAAAUCUCUGGUAUCAAAAUAUAUCAUGCAUCAUCGUAAGAGAUCUCGAAGUCGAUCCAGAUCUUCAAGUCCGGAACAUUAUAAGAGGAAUAAGAACUCCCAUGGCAGAGAAAGAAGCACCAAGGAAUAUAGACGAAGAAGCAGGUCAAGAGAACGAUCUCGGAGGUCGCAUAGUAGAGAUCGAGAUAGAAAACUUUUCAAAAAGGACAAGAAAUCGUCGGAAUCUAGGUCUAAACGAAGCUAUGGAAAGGGAAGGAGAACUCGCUCGAGGUCUCAUUCACGAUCUCCGAGAUCUCGCUCCAGAUCUAGGUCACAUUCCAGAGAGAGGGCCAAACUCAAAGAUGAGAAAAAGGAUUCGAAAGUUGAUGAUGAACCUUUUGAUCCUACCAAUCUUGACAAAGAAGAAGAACAGAAAAGGCUUGAAAUGGAAAUGCAGAAAAGAAGAGAAAGGAUUGAGAGGUGGAGAGCUGAGAGGAAAAAGAAGGAAUUGGAAGUUGUCAAGAAGGAUCUGAAAUCAUCGCUAGCCAAUCUUCAGCUUCCGACUAAGAAAUGGAAUCUUGAGGAUGACAGUGACGAAGAAGAAGACGGCAAAGCCGAUAACAAUAAAAAUGAUGGCGAAGAAGAACUGGAUCCAUUGGAUGCUUUCAUGCAGGGCGUUCAAGACGAAGUGCGUAAAGUGAAUAAGAUAGAGGGCGCCACCAGGCGCACGACGGACGGACAGGGCAAGGUGGCGCCUGCCGGCUCAGGCGGUCUACUCAUUGUGACUGGCGUCGCCAAGAAGAAGGCCGACAACAAGAAGGGCGAACUCAUCGAACAGAACCAGGAUGGACUCGAGUACUCAUCAGAGGAAGAAGAAGAGGACCUGACGACGACGGCGGCGAAUAUGGCCAAUAAACAGAAGAAAGAGCUGGCUAAAGUCGACCACACCAGUAUCGACUACACUCCGUUCAGAAAGGACUUCUACACCGAAGUUCCUGAAAUUGCGCGAAUGACGCCAGAAGAGGUCGAGGCUUACAGAGAAGAACUUGAAGGCAUAAGAGUGAAGGGCAAAGGAUGUCCUAAACCUAUCAAAUCCUGGGCUCAAUGUGGUGUCAGCAAAAAAGUUCUUGAUGCUUUGAAAAAGCAAGAUUACGAGAAACCCACGCCAAUACAGGCUCAAGCGAUACCUGCGAUUAUGUCAGGUCGUGAUCUAAUUGGAAUAGCAAAGACUGGAAGUGGUAAAACACUGGCAUUUGUGCUCCCAAUGCUAAGGCACAUCAUGGACCAACCACCACUAGAAGCAAAUGAUGGACCACUGUCUCUUAUCAUGGCCCCUACAAGAGAAUUGUGUAUGCAGAUUGGGAAAGAAACAAGGAAAUUUACCAAGUCGCUGAAUCUUCGAGUGGUGUGCGUGUAUGGUGGCACUGGCAUCUCCGAGCAGAUCGCCGAACUAAAGAGAGGCGCCGAAAUAAUAGUCUGCACUCCUGGCAGAAUGAUCGACAUGCUUGCAGCAAACAGUGGUCGAGUAACAAAUUUGAAGAGGGUUACCUACAUCGUUCUUGAUGAAGCGGACAGAAUGUUUGACAUGGGCUUUGAACCACAGGUUAUGAGAAUAAUAGAAAACAUCAGACCUGACAGACAGACUGUGAUGUUUAGUGCCACUUUUCCCAGACAAAUGGAGGCCUUGGCCAGAAGGAUACUUAAUAAACCAAUUGAAAUUCAGGUUGGAGGAAGGAGUGUGGUUUGCAAGGAAGUGGAACAGCACGUGAUAGUUCUAGAAGAAGACCAGAAGUUCUUGAAGCUGCUGGAACUGCUAGGCCAUUACCAGAACCAGGGCAGCGUGAUAGUGUUCGUCGACAAGCAGGAGAAUGCAGAUGCGCUGCUCAAAGACCUGAUGAAGGCCUCCUAUCAGUGCAUGUCGCUGCACGGCGGAAUCGACCAAUACGACAGGGACAGCACAAUCGUCGACUUCAAGGCCGGAAAGGUCAAGCUCUUGGUAGCAACAUCAGUGGCAGCUAGAGGGUUGGACGUGAAACAAUUGAUUCUAGUAGUGAACUACGACUGUCCGAACCAUUACGAAGACUAUGUGCAUAGGUGUGGUCGCACAGGCAGAGCAGGCAACAAGGGCCACUCGUACACAUUCAUCACGCCGGAACAGGAGCGCUACACGGGCGACAUCAUCAGGGCGCUGGAGCAGUCGACGGUCGCCGUCCCGGACGCGGUCAGGGCACUCUGGGAGAACUACAAGGCCAAGCAGGCCGCCGAGGGCAAGAAGGUGCACACGGGAGGCGGCUUCAGCGGCAAAGGGUUCAAGUUCGACGAGACUGAGGCCAUGAUGGUCAAUGAGAAGAAGAAAUUCCAGAAAGCGGCUCUCGGUCUGCAGGACUCUGACGAUGAGGAUCUCGAGAACGACAUUGAUCAGCAGAUUGAAAGCAUGCUGGCACCGAAGAGGAUAGUGAAAGAGAUUAAGGCGCCGCUCGGGUCGGCGGCAGCGGCUGCGGCGGCGGCGGCGACUCAAGGGGUGGGAGGACAACCGUCGACUGACAAGCUGGAGCUGGCUCGGCGGCUGGCGUCGCGCAUCAACAUGGCCAAGAACCUGGGCGCCGAGGCGAAGGGCGCCACGCAGCAGGCGGCUGAGGCCAUCCUCAAGGGCGGCGGGUCGCAGCCCAUCAUCACCGCCAAGACGGUGGCCGAGCAACUGGCUGCCAAGCUCAACACACGGCUCAACUACCAGCCGCGUGAGGAGGAGGACAAUAAGGAGGAGGAGGCAGUCGAGACCUUCCGCAAGUACGAGGAAGAGCUCGAGAUCAACGACUUUCCUCAGCAGGCGCGCUGGCGAGUCACCUCCAAGGAGGCGCUCGCUCAGAUCUCAGAGUACUCGGAGGCCGGCAUCACCGUCAGGGGCACCUACUACCCCUCCGGCAAGGCACCGCCCGAGGGCGAACGCAAGCUCUUCCUUGCCAUUGAGAGCACCAACGAGUUGGCCGUCUCCAAAGCCAAAAUCGAAAUCACUCGUCUCAUCAAAGAGGAACUUCUCAAGUUGCAGACCUCUGCUCAUCAUAGCAUCAACAAAUCUAGAUACAAAGUUGUGUAAAUAUUUUAUUUCAUUGUUGUGAACAAUAGGACAGUAUCCAAUCUUUAGUGGGUAUAAAGUUUUAUAUUCUUCACUUUAUGAAUAAUUAUUGAGUAAAGCUAUUUAAUAUUCCAA